UCCUUAGGAAUGAACUCUGGUUCCCCAUGCCUACUGGCCACUUUUCUGUUUUCUCUGCCUCUCUCUCUAUACAUACGCCUCUUAGUCUCCCCUGGUCCCGCACUGCCCCGCCUCCAGUCUGCCUCCGGCCUCCAUUGCUUUCGCUUCCUAGUCCCCCCAGCCGCCCGACGCGGGGGUGGUGUCUUCCUGCUGGCCGGCAGUCGGCGAGGGGUCGUCGCCUCAACUUCUCGCUUCGUGUAAGCAGCUCUCUUCAAAGGAGUCAAAGGAGAGGUUUAGGGGACUGGGAAAUAAAAUUCUUUCGAACAUCCGUCGAGAGGAUUCUAUACUUCAGGUGGCACAUACUACGAUUUUUGUUUUUUUGGCUCCACUACUGCAUCUAGCUGCUUAUCCUUACAAUGACAUUCAGAAUCAUACACCGUGACGGCGAAAUCCUCAACCCCAUCUUUAUCCAGUUCGUGGUCGCACUCACUACCACGCUCAUGGUGAUCCGAUUUGUGCUGGAUGCUUUGCGGCAUCGGUUGAUAGGCAGCGCCAUGAAAAAGACUCUGAUCUUUAUGGACGGAGUAACCAAAGCAAUGGUCUUAUACAGUCUUGGGAUCAUGCAACGCCCCUCCAAUAAGGACUACUACUACAAGGUGUGGGCUGUGCUGUUGGUCACCCUCCGUUACAGCGUCAAGAUAGGCCGCCCGGCCGGCAUCGCCGUGAAGCAAACCCCGUUGGUAGACUUGAUGUCCUCCUUCUGGGCUGCCAACAUCCUUCGCUCUAAGGCGCCAAAGAUUGUUAAGAUAACUGGUUGGCUGCUUUUGUCAGUCAACUCUUUACGCAUCAUCCAUGGUUUUGUCUCCUCGGAGUUCGCCAACGAUAGCCACAGAGAGAAUUUGAGGUUAUUAACAGAGUACAUGCGCCAUGAGCAUGAAGCGGGUGAUGCUGAUCCCAAGACAAUGAAGGGGUACCGAUAUUUGGUGCAGGGCGAAGCCAAGAAACAGAACAUGAAGAAAGAAAACGGCGGACAAGCAAGAGAUGGUGAUAUGGUGGAGGAAACUGAGAAUAUGUGGAGCCUCUUGCAAGCAUUGAGAGAUAAGGACAAGGAGGUCCUGACGCUUGAGAAGAUCUGGGAGGAGCCAGACGACGACCUUGAUGAUGAGCUCAAAGACCUCUGCCUCUCCUUUGCACUCUACAAGCUCCUUCGCAGGCGCUUCUUCAACUUUGGCAUUCAUGAGGCCAAGCUGAAUAAGACGAGACUGCUGGUUCUUGAUGGGAUCCUCGGGGACCGUGAUAAGCGCAGCAACUCUGAAAGGUCGACCCGCAAAAAAAGAAAAAACUCUGAAAGGGCGUUCCGUGUCAGCGAGGCCGAGUUGUCUUUCCUCAAUGACUUCUUCAACAGCAGGCAUGCCAUAGUAUUUGCGAAAGGCUUCCCAUUCAUCCGGCUCCUGCUAUCCACCAUUCUGAUAGGAGGGAUUGGAGGCAUGGCGGUUGCUAUCUAUAGCUUUUCCAAGGUUGGCACAAGAGACGAGCUCGGCAAUGUUCAUGGUGGAGUAACUUUUACAUGGUUUCUCCUGUCGUUUCUUUUUGUAAAAGAGACAUGGGAGAUCAUGACUUACGUGUUCUCAGACUGGACCAAAAUAAUUUUGUUGUGCCAGUACGUACAGAAGCCAUGGUGGCUGCGAAACUCGGUGACCAAGGCUCUUGUGCGGAACCUCUGUAAGCUCUCUGUGCCCUGGUUGCCAAGAUGGCAUGGAAAGGUUGGUCAAUGCAACAUUCUCUUCCCAAUCCGUUUUGCCUUCCCACUGCGGUUUUUCUUUGGAGCAAGAUAUUCUAGGUACUUUGUAUAUCUGUCAACGGAUGUGAAGGGUACUGUGAUGAACUGUCUCAGAGACUGCUUGGCCAAAUGUCCCGUGCGGUUGGACAACUACCUUGAGCGGGCAUUCGUUCAUGUCAAGGCUGUUGGUUUUCCUGCAAGUGUCAGGGGAGCGGUCACUGGAGUGGAGGACUGUGUGCACAUUCUGCUGGUUUGGCAUAUUGCUACAUGCUACUGCGAGAUUCAUCUCGCUAAAAGAAGAAAGGUGAAAGCCACUCCAAAUCUUGGGGGGUCUCCAUACAUGGUCGCUAGGACAUUAUCACAGUACUGUGCGUAUGUACUUACACUGGUUCCUCCUCUAGUGCCUGGGAACAGUCUAAUGGGUAGAUCGGUGCUGAUAAAGAUGUAUGAAGAAAAAUGUCGUCUUCUCCUCGGACCCUACAACUCCAGCACCCAUUGUACAUUGCGGGACCAUAUCCUUGUAAGGCUCGAAGAAUAUGCAUCAGGGGACAUACAUUUGUAUGACGAGGAAAAAGACAACACCAUAUUGAAGAAGGGGGCAGCUCUUGGCAAGAAGCUGAUACAAGCGAUCCGCGGUGAUGAUGAUACGCUGGAAGAUCAUCAUAUUGAAGAUCUGUGGAGGUUCUUGUCGGAGUUCUGGGCCGGAUUCGUUAUCCACUUGGCUGCAUCUACAAGGGCUUCUCACCACAAGAUAUAUCUGAGCUCUGGCGGGGAGUUCAUGACACAUCUCUGGGCGUUGCUAACCCAUGCCGGCAUCCUAGGGGAGGUCCAGCACGGCGACCAAAAUAUUGAUAACGCACUAACGCAAGGAGAUGAUUAUGAUCGGACUGUGCAGUAUUAGGUGGGAAAAUCUGCAGUGCCGUUUCAUGUGAAAAUGUAUGACGAUUAGUGGGGUUCGAAAUAUGCUUCAGCUGGUGUCUAAUUAAGAAGCUAUCCCAGGUGACACGCUGGGCGCCUGGGUCAGAAGGAUUUGCAAUGGGUGACGAUCUUCGACUUGCUCGAGGGAUCAAAGCUGGAGGUUGCUUGUGUGUAUUUGAAGUUCAUCAAUAUCCCUAGUUAUUUGUUGCUAGUUCCUGUUGUAGCUUGAAUGCCUGGUUUCGUUGACUAGAUGUUAAUUUACUGUCUUUAAUUAAAAAAAAUCAUCUAACGGUGCGGCUUGUGCACUGGAGGUGUAUGGAUCAAGGUCAUGUAAAGACUCAAACUCCAUUUGCUUCACUGGAAAUUGGGUCAUGUGGCCCCUUUAUCCAGAAAAAGUGAGAAUGUAUCUGUUUGAUUCA